CGAUGGGAGGAAGAGGAGGAGGAGGAGGAGGAAUGCAACGGAUUCUGAAGCAGCUCCUGCACAAUUUUAAACAUGGACAACUGGCUGAGUCUGUGUGUGCUGGUGGGACUUCGGGUCGCUUGCUGCCUCGCGUAUGACGGGUCGGGCUACUGGCCUUACACUGACGAUGAGGAUGUAAGAAACACAGGUGUGCCAUGGUGUGCUCCAGUCAAAGUAAAAAAUGGACAAGUAAGCUGCCAAACACCACGUGGUGAACAUUAUAAGAAUGUUUUGGGAACUCGCUGUAAGAUCCACUGCAAGAGAGGCUAUGAGCUUCAUGGCAGCAGUGAGAUACUCUGCAUGGUCACUAAACAGUGGUCAGGAAAAUAUGCCUGCAGAGAGGUCCGCUGCCCACCACUGGCCAUGCCAUCUAACGGUGGGUUUAAGUGUUCAGAUGGUUUCUACUACAACUCCAACUGCCAGUACUUCUGUUCACCAGGAUACACACAACGUGGAGACCGCAGGGUCACUUGCCAAAGCAGCAAGUCCUGGAGCGGUGGCCAGAGUCUGUGUCUGGAUCUGGAUCCACCGGUCAUUAAGUGUCCAAAUGUGAAAGAGAAGACAGCUGAGCCAGGAAAAGUGACUGCAAAAGUCACCUGGGAUACACCGGAAGGUGUAGACACAGCAGAUGGCAUACUCACAGAUGUAAUACUAAAGGGGAAGCCUCCAGGAACAUACUUUACAGAGGGAAACCAUAAACAAUCAUACACUGUAAUGGACCGGGCUGGAAACAAAGCUACCUGUAAAUUCAACAUCAGAGUAAAAGUGCGCCGCUGCACUCCCCUCUCAAUGCCUGAAAAUGGAUGGAUGAAGUGUGACAGUGCAGGUGAUAAUUAUGGUGCAACAUGUGAUUUCCGCUGCCUGGGAGGUUACGAGCUGAGAGGCAGUGCUGCCCGAGUUUGCCAAUUUAACAUGGAAUGGUCUGGUAUGGAAACCAGCUGUGCAGCCAUGAAUAUUAAUGUCGGGGUUCGAUCUGCUGUCCAACUCCUGGACCAGUUCUAUGAGAAACGUCGUCUGCUUAUAAUCUCCACCCCCACAGCGGCCAACCAUUACUACAGAUUCCAAAUGACUAAUUUACAGCAAGCACAAUGCGGCUUGGACUUAAGACACGUGACUGUGAUUGAAAUAGUAGGAAGGUAUCCAGCUCAAAUAGGACGCAUUAGAUACCACAUUAUUCCUCCAGGACUGGCCAUACAGCUCAGAAUGCUGCUGCAGCUGUCUCAGAAUUCAUUUAGUCUGGUGCUGCUGGACAAACAGGGAGUGGACAAACAGCGCUACACAUACCCAGUCACAGCAGCAGAGAUCUUCACUAUUAUUGACACCUUCCCCCUGCGCACUGAAGAGGACCUUCUGCAAAAAGAAGCAGGUCAUGGCUGCUAGAUAACUAAACAGUCUACACACACACACACACACACACACACACACACACACACACACACACACACACACACACACACACAAAACACACACACACACACA